GGUACUGGGGCCCCCAGAGAGCCACAACUGUCAAGUUAUCUCCUAGCUGCAGGCAGCCACUCAAGGAGCAUCCAGGGGCCUUAGGGUGGAGAGGCCAGACUAGGAAGCUUUUAACAGCCUGAGCAGCGCACAGCCCCACAGAAGCAGGAUGCUCCUUCAGCUGCCCUUCUUUGCCAUGCUGGCUGCCUGUGGCUUCUCAGAGGAGCAGACAGGAGGCAUCACCAUUGCCUACAAAGUACUGGAAGUUUAUCCCCAAAGCCAGCGAGUGCUUAUAACCUGCGACGCCCCCGAGGCACCCCGGCCCAUCACAUACUCUCUCCUGGCUAGCCGAGGUGUCCUGGUGACAAAAAAGGUUGUGCAUGACUCCACGCCGGCCUCCUUCAACGUCAACAUCACGAUGAAGUCCAACCCGGACCUGCUCACCUACUCCUGCCAGGCAGCCUCGAACUUGGGCACCUACGGGCCCAGCAGCAGGCUGCAGAUGUACCAGGAACUGUGGGCUAAGCCAGUGUCUCAGCUGCAGGCUGACUUCAUCCUACGUGAUGGGGACUCAGGCCCCACUGUGGAGCUGUCCUGCCUGGCAUCCUCAGGCAGCCCCCCCAUCACCUACCGCUUGGUGGGGAAUGAUGGGCGUGUGCUCGCACAGCAAAGGCCGCUCCACGGAAAACCUGCCAACUUCUCCCUCCCGCUGUCCCAGACCUCCGGCUGGUUCCAGUGCGAGGCUGAAAACAACGUCAGUGUGGACAGCAGUGCCCGCAUCCCGCUGCCCCGAGGUGAAGACCGGUCCAGGCUGGUGUCCACCCCCCCAGGGGAGCUGCCCCUCACACCCACCUGUAUUCUGGCUGGCAGCCUCAUCACCAUCACCGUUGUUGCUUCCAGGAUGCUCAGCUCGACCAGGUAAGCCGCGGGAGGUCAGUGUGGGAGAGCGGCUGACCACUCCUGUGACCAGCCAGUGUCCUGAGUGGGAACAGCAGGUUAGUCUUGUGAGACUGGGUCUGUAUAACAAGACCCAACCUGAAGUUGCUUAUUAAAGCCAAAGGCCGAUGGUAUCUAGUAAGUUCCUCACACACCUCACCCUGACCAUGGCUCCCAGCCGACAUCUGGUGGGAGAUUUCCCUAUGGGUCUCAUGGGGCCUCUAGAGACCAGAGUGGGCCCACCACAUAGUCCCACCUGUCAGCCUUUCUGCAGAGGUGAGGUUCCCCUCUCCCAAGCCCUCACAUGUCUGUAUAGUGGCCAGGGCAUUUGUGCGUUCUGGCUCCAAGCACCAGAACUUUGUGCACACCCAGUACUGGCCUUUGGGUUGUGACCACUUCUGUCCUUGAACAUCUCAACUUGGCACCUGCUGGAUCUUAUGGUUCAUCCUCCCAAGACCAUUUGCUCUAGAGGCCAGACUCAUAGGAUGGCACGUCACCUCUCUGAGACUCAUUGUUUUCCUCUAUAAAAUGGGUACAGAGGGCUAGCUCCUACUGACAUGUGACCAGGGACCAGCAAGUGGCCUCUUGGUGAUUUGGUACACUUAGUGGGAUGAAGUGAGCUCACUGGUGCACCUGGCACCACGAGAUCCGGUGUGUCUGUCUGACCUGGACUAACUCCCUUGUCAUCAGGUCGUGACCAGAAGACAGAGCCGUGGGCUGGCCUCCCUGCCUUAUACAAGAACUCAUCAAUGGAGCAAAAGAGCCUGGGGAGUGGGAGUAGAAGGGGGGUGCAGGGCUGGAGAGGUGGCUCAGCGGUUAAGAGCACUGACUGUUCUUCCAGAGGUCCUGAUUUCAAUUCCAAGCAACCACAUGGUGGCUCACAACCAUCUG